UUCAGAUCACUGUAAACUUGAAACCUUAACGAAAGUAUCGUACUUCAACGCUGUCAGUCCAUAAAAGAGAGAUCAGCGAGCGCUGACUGUCAUAUGUUUCGAAAGGUCACUGAAGCGUGAACUAACAUAGUUGAGCUUUGAAAUCGAUUAUUAGGUCCAACAAAAAGAAUGUUCUCCAAGCUGAGCCCGAGUUUUGCUCGAAAAGCUGGACACCAACAGCUUACAGGGAGCGACGCGGACGAGAAGGAUCGCAUUAUUGCCGGGGUUCAAUACAGUGUGCGCUACAUUGGUUCUACAGAAGUCGCUGGAGCGAACGGUACAGGCAGCGGAAAGACUGAAAAACCCGUCGCGAAAAUCUUCGAGCAGCAAAGCAAGAAAAACGAUGGCAAAACGCAGAAGAAAAUGGUCUUAACGCUGUGCUCUAAAAGCCUCAGCGUUAGCGAGGAGGCGUGUGGCAAGCUGGUCGCAAAUUUCCCCAUCUCCAAGAUAACGUUUUGUAACAUCGACAGCUUUUAUGAGAAGGCCUUUGUGUUUGUCGCACGAGACAGGCCGGAGAGUGCCUUCAAAGCAUUUGUCUUCACGUGCGAGAACAAGGCCAAGGCAAGAGAACUUUUCAAGGCGCUAUCGUUGGCUUUCAUGAUCAACUACGAAAGCUACCAAGCGUCUUUGAUACGCGGUGCGCCUACUAGCGGGUUGCCGGCCGUGGAAAGCAAAGAAACGUGUUUCGACGGAAUGGCGGGCGAAACCGCAACUGAUCCGCAAGUCUCAGAUGAGAACAGUGAACAAUUGCACCUCAAUGUAGUGUCACUCUCGCCUAAAUAUCCUUACGUGGCUGUUUCAAAUGGUUCACAACCUCCCCAAGAGACCAAAACCCCGAAGCCACUGGAACCCAUGCAGAAUAAAAAUCUGCUUCGAGUAAUCGCGGAUUGUCGCUUGAGAAGUGCCUCAGAUCUACCACCUUUUGCGGGCAGAACGAGUGCUUCAGCCAUCACUAGCUUGCCAGAGAACCGUCCGUCUUUACUGAAUCCUGUGUCGCUCAAGAUUGGCGAUGAAAUGGAAGAGGAGUUUACUGAAUUUGCUGAACUCAGGUCCAAAUGUCGAUCAAGUUCCGCGCUAACAGUGAGGAACCACCCCGGAAGUCUUUCCCAAGGUGUCCACCUCUUCGACAGCGCGCCAAAUGUAUGGGGAAGUUUCCAGAACCACACAUGCUUGCCAAUUCACUGAACUGUUGAACUGAACAACCUUGUUCGACGUGGUUAUUUAGGAUGCUUCGUGUUAACGGUAUAUUUAAUGUAAAGGUAUUUUAUAAGACAACGGUAAGCGGCGAAUUUCCCACGCGAUAGAAUGUAAACAGAGAACAAUGGCUAAUUAGUGGUAUCUUUCAAACUCAUAAGGUUUGAGUGGAAUGUACGCAGCUAAAAGAAAGCCGAUUAAAACGCGUAUCAGUGCGUUCAUUGAAGCGAUAAAUAUGCGUGCAUCUCGUGGUAUGUGUGAAUAAAUGAGCGAAAAUUAAUUUAACAAGAACGGUGUGAAAAAA